CUGUUUCUAAGCCGUGAUUCGACUUCCGUCGUCGUUAACCCAAGAACGCAUUUUUAAAUUCGAGACCGGAUAUUUGGGUACUAGGAUACUUCGAAUUUCUCAAAAGCGCAACGGAAGAAGCAUAAUUCGACAUGCCCGGCCGGCAAGCCCACGGACGGCCCGUCGGCGGCGCACAGAGCGCUAGCGGCAAGGGUAAGGGCAAGAAGAGAUCGAAGGCUAGGUCUUCGAAGACGGCGCUGAAUGCAUUCGCUAUCGCCUCGGAGGAGUUCGCCGAUCGCCCGACUCGCACCCCGCGUAACCGCGAGCUAGACGCACCGCUUGAGGGAGGUAGUCGUGGCGGCAAGCGCUCUAGGAAUCAAGACGACGAAGACGAAGACGAAGAUGAUGACGACGAGGACGAAGAUGAGAGGCCCCCGAGGAAGAUGCGCCGUGGCGCUGAUCGCGAUGAGGAUGUUGAAUAUGGCAGUGAUAGUAGCGGGAAUGAAUGGCGCAUUGGUGUUGAUGAGGACGAUGACUCUGAGAUCGAUAGUGAUGAUGCGUUUGGCGAGAGCGAUGAGGAGAGGUUUGAAGAUUAUGCAUUUCGUGGGAGUAAGGGGAAGCAGAAGAAGAAGCAGAAGCGAAGAAAUGAGGAUGAUGACGAUGAAGACGAAGACGAUGAGGAUAUUGAUGAUGCCGACGGUGCUUCUCUCGGAUCGGACGCUAUUGAUCUUGCUCAGGCUCUAGAUAUGUCUAUGUCCGAAGAUGACGAACCUGGCCCCGACGAAGAAGAGUCUAGUUCGGAUGAAGGAUCUGAUGACGAAGACGAAGCAUCUAGCGAUGAUUCCCCUGACACCGAUGGCGACGAGGAUGACGAUGUAUCAGAGUCCGGAAUUAAUGCAUGGGUUUCUAAAUUCUCAGGGGUAAAAGAUGCGGACGAGCAAGAAACUGCGCCGACCAAGAAACCUAAGCUCGGGUUGAAAGAUCUAGGCUUAUUGGGAAUUAAGGACCCGCAGAUCAAGAAGUCCCUUAAGCUCAUGACGAAAGAGGAGAAAUCAAGCAAGCCGCAGAAACUUGAUGUGCCUCUCGCAAGACGUCAGCAGGCAAAACUAGAUCGCACCGUCGCAUACGAAAAGACGAAUGAGUCCCUAGAUCGGUGGACGGAGACGGUAAAGCAUAACAGACGAGCGGAACAUCUAGUAUUCCCCUUACCGCAAAACGAGACUGGUCUCUCUAGACACGACAACAGCGAGAUUCAAGCCCUAAAUCGCAAAGCGCCAGGCACUGAGUUGGAACAAGCUAUCUUUGCUAUCAUGGAAGAAAGUGGCCUAGGGCCAAGCACCAAGAAAGAGACAAAAUUAGACGAUGAAGGGUUCGUAGACGCCGACGGCGUUUCGCGAGAUAAUCUCAAGGAGCUGUGGCAGCAAAAGCGCCGCGAGAGAGAAAUCAAGUCUCGGGAAGACGCAAGAGCAAAGCGCAUCAAGAAGAUCAAGAGUAAAGCCUAUCACCGAGUACAUAGAAAACAAAGGGAAAGAGAAGAAGUAAAAGAACACGAACGCAUGGCCGCGAAUGGAGAGAUCGACUCGGAAGAGGAGCGCGAAGCCCAGGAUCGCCAGCGAGCUAUGGAGAGAAUGGGAGACCGGCAUAGGAAGAGUAAAUGGGCCAAAAUGUCUAACAAGGAUGGUCGUGCCGCUUGGGAUGACGAUGUUCGAGUAGGAAUAGCUGAGAUGGCUCGACGAGAUGAAGAGUUGCGCCGUCGUAUCGAGGGGAAACCAACUAAAGGAAACGAUGAUUCAGACGAUGAUUCCGAUUACUCGGGUGGUUCGGAUGAUGUUGAUGAGCGAAAGAGGCUUCUGAAGCAGCUCGACGACGUUUCUGAUGCCGAAGAUGGGCAAACGAAGUCGAAGCUGAUGAACAUGCAAUUCAUGAAGAAGGCGGAGGCUACAAAAAAGAAGGCCAAUGAUGAUCUAGUCGCCCAGAUACGACGGGAUUUAGCUUCCGACGAUGAAAAUGGCGAACAAUCCGACGACGGACCUGAGGAUGUUGGUCGACGAAUCUUUGGCCAGGCAUCGGAAAAGAAGACAGUCGAGAAGCUCGUUAAGGCUAGCAAGAAAGACAAGACAGACAAAGCGGAACUCCAAGCUGCUAGGGAUGAGAUUGCGGCUGCAUCAGCUGGCCGACCGAAGGGUCUCUCAGCCCCGGUUUCGCAAGAUGCAAACGCGACCUCGACAGGAAGUGCUUGGACUCAGCCAUCAACGACAAGACGACACAGGAAACAAAAAGGCAAGACAGAACCUAGCGCAGACGUCCUAGAGCUCGGCAUGGACUCGGUAGCCGUAGGAGUAUCAAGAGCUCUAGCUCCAGCUAAGAAACCUAAAGCUAGCAACAAACAAGCAAUCACCGGCCUCGAAGACUCAUCAGACGACGAAGAAAGCCAUCUUCCCAUCAAAUUCCGUGACCACGAACUUAUCGCAAAGGCCUUCGGUGCCGCAGACGUCGUGGCUGAGUUCGAAGAAGAGAAACAGGCGGCUGAAGAGGAGGACGACGAUAAGGUCAUCGAUAACACACUUCCCGGCUGGGGUAGUUGGGUCGGUGAUGGCGUUAGCAAGCGCGAGAAGAGUCGACACCAAGGUCGGUUCCUGACUAAGCAGGAGGGGAUCAAGAAGAAAGACCGUAAGGACGCGGGGCUUAAGAGCGUUAUUAUUAAUGAGAAGAGGAAUAAGAAGAACGAUAAGUUCACAGCUACCCAGCUACCGCACCCCUACGAAUCGAGGCUACAGUACGAACGUGCACUGAGGCUCCCUGUUGGCCCUGAGUGGAUGACCAAGGAGACGUUCCAGGAGGCGACGAAGCCGAGGGUGUUGAUGAGGCAGGGUAUUAUUGCGCCGAUUUCGAAGCCUACGCAUUAGACAGGGUCUAGUGUGCUUGAACGUGGUUUUAUAGGCGCCUAAUACCCUAGGUAGAGUGGUUGGAAGUUAUAUCUACUUGGUUAGAUGAUGUGCAUAUCAACAUUCAGCAACAUAAGCAUGAAUAGAAAUAGAAAAUAAAUGAUGCAGAAAUA